CCCCUCUCCGACGACUGCUUCCGGCAUCUAGACGACCGAUUUCCCUCUCCGCCUCUAGACGACGGCUCACAGAUCUUCCCGCUUCAGUUUUUGGUAUAUCCACUCGAUUCAAGCUUUGAGCUUGUUUGUUUCACGAAAAAGAAUGAGCAAAGAAGAAAAUCCCCAGGUUACAAGAAGAACAACGAGAUUAUCAGCAUCUUCCGUCCUGAAUGCAAAUGAAAGCGCUACAAAAAUCGUCAAUCUCCCACCUCUUACGCUUCGUGACCUCGUGUUUGGAGAAGAAGAACCAUUAAGUUUUGAUGGUCUGAUUUCUAGUCUACCCGGAAGACGAAACCAAAUUCUCGAGAUUUUACGCCUCUUAGGUCCGGUGAAUUCUCCGGUAUCUCCAUUAUUUGUCUACGGUGGCACAUCGACCGGUAAGACAAGCACGAUUCUUCAAGUUUUUCGACACUUAAAUCGGCCAUUCGUGUACUCGAGUUGUAGGACUUGUUACAAUUCCCGCCAACUUUUUGAAAAUAUUCUGAAUCAGUUAUUGCUUCAUAGAAAAAGUGAAAGCAAUGGUUAUUCAAGUGCGAAGAAGUGUGAAAAGCAAGCGGAUUUUGUUAAUCUUUUGAAGGAAGCAUUGAUGGGCGUUGUAGAUAAUUUGAAGGGGAAUGCGGGCAGAUCUUCUAGCUCCAAGAAGACGGGAGUAUCGGCUAGUGGAAGUACGGUUUAUUUGAUUUUUGAUAGUUUAGAGCUCGUUAGAGAUUGGGACAAAAGUUCGACCAUUUUGCCUCUUUUGUUCAAGCUUCAUGAUAUAUUGAAGGUUCCUGAUGUGGGUGUGAUUUUUAUCAGUAGUUCGUCACUCGAUACCUACCAUUCAGAUACCGGUUUUGUUGAUCCUAUACCGGUUUAUGUCCCGGAUUAUACAGAAGAAGAUCUUCGACAAAUCUUCAUGAGAAACCAAUCAAACUCAAAACUCAGAUCAUCUUUUCUCGAUGUGGUACUGAAGCCUUUUUGUCGAGUAACAAGAAGACUCGAUGAGCUAUCGACUGCCUUAUCACCGUUAUUCAAGAAAUACUGUGAGCCGUUAGAUGAUCUCGGGGUUGUCCCUGAUGAAGACACGAAGAGAAGGUUGUUUAGUUAUCUUCAACCUCAUAUCGCUCCCGCUCUCAAUGAGAUAUUUCGAGUUAGAUCUCAACCGUCUGUAGAAACUGGAGGCAGGGACAAUCUGAAAAGGAAGAGCAGCUCGAAGAAAUUCGGAGUUUCUGAUUCUAUCGAUGAAAUCGACUUCCAUAUGUCCAUUUCUGCGAAAUAUCUUCUCAUAUCUGCAUUUCUUGCUUCCAGAAACCCGGCUACCCUUGAUGCAUCAUUGUUUGAUUCGACUGGAGGUUCCGCUAAUCAAAAAAGGAAGAGAAAAAGCUCGGAAAAAUCAAUGGAUCUGAAGGAAGCUUCGGAGCAAGAACAAUUCAUGAAAGGCCCCGGAACCUUUCCAUUGGAGAGAUUGUUAGCUAUAUUCCAAUGUAUCACAUCGGUUGCAGAAUAUUCACUCGAAGAAGAAGCAGCAGAAACGGGUUUAGACGGUGAGAAUGGGGAUACGGGUCUCAUGUCCGACAUUCUCUUGCAAGUAUCGAGUCUUUGCAACUCUAAUUAUAUAACAAAAGGCGGAAGCUGUCCACUAGAGGGCUCCACUCGAUACCGUUCCACAGUUAGCGAGGAUCUGGCCUUAAAAGUAGCAAGGAGCCUAAAGUUCCCACUUUCAAAGUAUUUGUACAGAAGAUAGCAGUUCUAACAAGUUUCACAUGAUUGAGAUUUGAAGGUAAGCUGUACUACUACUUAAAAGACCUUUUUUUUUAUGAUUGUGUAUGCCUCGACCGCUUGAAAUUUGGGGCGAUACGUUUGGGGCAUAAUGGUAAACAACCGCUCUACUGUUGUCACGUAA